AUGCAUUCUACUGCAGAUUUUGACAACACAACCGAACAAAGAGGGGGAUAUCCCAUGUCAACCAUUUUCCCAGGAAAACAUGAUCUAUUGCUAGGGAGGGGCGGAGAAACCAACAAUCACAGUGGCAACAUCAACUUUCGAGGCCUGAUUCAAGAGUACAAACAGGAAUAUCAGGCUGCAUCCAAAGGCCAAAAGCCAGCAAUUGCCAAGAAACUUGUCAAAAGGUGGAGGAACUUGGACCCACCUGGUCGUUUCUUAGCCAAAGAAGAUGGCACAGAACGAUGGGUUGAUAUUGGUGAUGAAGCUGCCAGACGCAGAACCUCCAAGUCACUCGGGGAAAAGACCAAGCGUUCAAGUCCCAGUGCUGCCGCUACCGCACCAAGUUCUGGUAAGAAACGGAGACGAGAUGAUAGCUCUGAUGAACUGCAUCGAUUAAGCAAUCCCUCCUCCGAACUUCGGGAGCCUCAGGCAUCUCCCAACUUGGCUUUCUCAAACUCCUUCGAACCCUUCGCGGGCACAGGAAGGCUGGGUACCACCAACACGUAUGGAAGCAACGACAACCUUCAGCUGCAACCCAACCAGUCCUCGUCUUCACUGACAUGCGGCGCUAGUACUAUGACUCCUCAAACUGCGUCAUACUCCUCGACUGGACAGGUCAAGUUACAGGGAGGCGCCACCUUGGCCACUGGUGCAUAUACCGGUACGCAGCAGGCAGGGGGUCGCUACCAAGUACCUUCCGCAGGCUCGAAUGUUCACUAUCACCUGGGAAGUCACAUGGGCGGCGCUGGAACCAAUGUAGUUGGGCAUUCCCUAACAUAUGGCGGCCAAAGGAACGCAAACUCAUCCGACUCGAAUACCAUCAGGUCACUACUGGACCCCCAGCAAUGGCUUCAGUUGCACGCCACUUCGCUCGAGGACGUUCCUACUGCUGCAGAUCUUCUUGCAAGUAAUGUCUUCGCAUCUUCAAGCUCCUCCGCAAGCGUCCAAAGUCCUCCAGACUCGAACAAUGAUCACAACCCACCAGAGUCUUCAGAUCCCAAUAUAUAG